CUAAUCUUUGAUAGAGAGAGAGAGAGAGAAAGAGAGAGAGAUGAACGCUGCCGCUAAAGCAGCGAUUUCCAGACCGCAAAGCUAUUGUUCUCUCCUGAAAACUGCGUUUAUCCAUUCUACUCCAGUGUUGGAACGCAAACGUGGUUCCUCUUCUUCUAGUUCCGUACUGUUCUCGCUACAGAAAUCAAAUGCUAAUAAGAAGAACAAGAGAUCCAAAAAGUUUUUGAGGGAGCAUCAAGAAAAAGUACGUCGUGCCGUGGAAGAACUUAAACGUGAAAGAGAAGAGGUAAAUGAGAAUGAGACAGCUGCUGCUAAAAAGGCCAAAGAAGCCAAAGAAAACUUGAAUAAAUGCAACCAAGACUCCAAGAGUCCACGUAAAAAAACGUGUUACAUUUUUGAAGGUCAAUUUGGUUACAAGGAUAAAGACUUUGAUAUUAUAUUCCGAUCUUUAUUUGGUGUACCACGAGGUUUUGAUUAUUCAAUCUAUGAAGAGGAGGACCGUCGUUGGUGGUAUCACCCUUCAUGGUUUUCUGGUUCCUCUAGCAACUCUUGGAGAUCAAAAUAUCGAUUUUAUGACAAAGACGAAGAGCAAGAAGAAGAACUAAGCGAAGAUGAAGAAAGCAACAGUUCUAGUAACUGGUGGAGAUCAAAAUCUCGAUUUGAUGAAAAGAAAAAAGAGGAAGAAGAUGGCUAUGGUUCAUCAAAGUCCAAUGGUUCAGUACUGUCUGACCCAAUAGAAGCUUCUCAUAGAGAAACACUUGGACUGAGUCCUUGGGCACCCUUGAAAAUUGAAGAUGUCAAACAUGCGUGAGUUUGUUUAUUAAACUUCAUCAUGAUAUAACACAUGCAUUCAUCUAUAACUCCUCAUAAUCAUGUUUAACUUCUUUUGCUUCCUUUUUUUUGGGAUUAGAUAUCGAACUUGUGCAUUAAAAUGGCAUCCUGAUCUUCAUGAUGACUCUACCAAGGUACGUAAUAAACCAAUAAGAAUAUCUUUCAAUCUUCAUUGUAAUUGUUCUUUUUCUCUUUGUUUUUAUUUUUGAAACUAUUAACAGGCUGAGGCUGAAGCUAAGUUCAAGCUCUGCGUUGUGGCUUAUCAGUCUUUAAUCCAAAAGCUACAGUCAGCUAAGAUUACUUGAAGAAUGCAAAGAUGGUGGAUUAAUUAAAAGUGAUGUAUGUUUUUAUAAUUACAUGGAGAUUUUUUAUAACAAAAAAAAAUGUUUUGAUUAUGAGUUUAUGACCUUGACCAACCAAUAUACUAUACAUCAUCCAAGCACUGCUAUGUAUUGUCCUCUCAUAUCUUUUAAAUCGAAAUAUUGUGUUCUCUCUAAACUUUGCAUCAAGUGUAUAUUGGUAUCUCUUACGUCUGCUUCUGUGACUUAACCUGUCAAAGUGAAAGAUUGAAUCAAAGUUUGCAUCAACUGUAAAGGCUGAUCGACAGAGUUACUUAUCAUAAGCAGCAAACUGAUCAGCAGGUGCAAUUAUCUCACUCUCAGUAGCAACAACAACAUCACCAACUCUACUGCUUGUCCUGGUUUGUCUAAGCAAACUACUUAUGGAAUGCGCCUUUACAGUCCCAAGC